UGUCAAGUUCAACAGCCAUUUGGAAACAUUCUAGACUGGCUUCAUUGUUGUAGGAAGUCUCCCAGAUAUAUAACACUCUACUCAGCCAUCCCCGAGUCUGACAUAACCUACAUUCGAACAUCUGAAUUUUCCCACCGCAUCAGUUCACCGACGAUGUCUGUACAAACCGCCACUAUCACCACGACCAAACGCAAGCCCACAGGCCGAGCUGGAAUCAUCGAUGGCAAACUAUAUCUCUCCCAAGGUAUCACACGUAACCUUGCUCCUGCACAUGGCAGUGGUGGUCAAUUCGACAGUAUCCCUGUCAUUGACCUCUCUGCCAUAGUAGCUCCUGAUCCUGACCCAAGUGCACUCGAAUCCUUGGUCGCGGAGGUCAAAGAUGCAUGUAUGCGAGUAGGUUUCUUUGUGGUCAGGAACCACGGCAUAGAUUGGGCUAUUGUUGAGAAUGCGUUCGAGGCACUUGAAGAGUUCUUCGGCCUCCCUAUGGAGAAGAAGAUGGCAGUGCAUCAGAGCAAAAGUCCCAGCUUUAUGGGUUAUGAAGAGCCUUACUACACGAAUGUCGAUAGGCUGAAGAAGGGUGAUCUCAAAGAGUCAAUGACAACAGCGUACGAUCCCUGGACAGAUGCGCUUGGUGUGGGCGGCGAGAUGCCUAAACUUCUCCUGCGCGAGAACUUAUGGCCUAGUGCCGAAGAUGCACCCAAGUUCAGACCAGCAAUGGAAGGGUACCGCGCUGCCUGUCUCUCGCUGAUGAGGAAGCUCGUAAAAGUCCUCGCUCUGGCCAUGGACGAGAAAGUGGAGUAUUUCGACAAGAAGAUCACAUAUCCUGUCGCUGGCAUUCGAGCUCUCUACUAUCCACCACAGACUACGUCGGAAGAGGAAGAGACUGGCUUGGGGGCUCAUACUGACGUCCAGAUGAUGACUAUGAUUGCACAAAAGCCAUACAACGCACAAUCACUGCAAGUUCUCAACGCAAACGGAGAAUGGAUCUAUCCCGAACUUUCGCCUGAGACGUUUGUAGUGAACUUGGGCGACAUGGUCGCUCGACUGACCAACGAUACAUUUGUCAGUACUGUCCACCGUGUACGCAAUGACGGUCCCAAUGCUGUUGGACGAUACUCGAUGCCCUUCUUCUUUGGGCUGAGCAAUGACGAAUUGAUCUCAACUCUUCCUCAGUUCAUCACCGACGAAGCUCCCUUGAACCCAAAUUACAAAGAUCUCGUAACAGGGUAUGAACAUUACAACAAGAGGAUGCGCAUCGCACAUCACGACCACCCGACUGCUGAUGGGAAAACAUCUGCUGCUCUACCGCUCGGCAUGACCAAGACUGACGGUGUGUUGAUGCCAGGCAUCUAGGAGAGAACGGUAGCGAUGUGUGGGUAUUAGGGUAGCGGCUUUUCAUUGAGGAAGACAGGGGCCAUGCUCGUCCAAUUCUUCUAGCAUCCACGUCUCUUGCUGCCUCGGCCUCUUGCCGAUAACUUUCAAUCUGGUGACAUUGGUGAACACGGCAACGCUCUACCAUACCACAUUAUUCAGUCGCUUUCAAUGCACUAGAACACGUUAGCAUACCCCAAGAUCGAUGAUACCAUACAGCUCGUACCGGUGAGCAAUGUCCUUCCUGUA